AUGGCAUCUUUAUUGAAAUGGUGGAGUAAAGAGAAUAACAAUCAUCACCAUAGAGGAGCCCCUGUGGUGGUUAAGAUGAAUGUUGAACUUGAAACUCCUUCUGAUGAUGAUUUUAUAAACCUUUCCGUAAGAAACAACAAACAAAGAGGCAAAAACGCUAAACAACUAACUUGGGUUCUUCUCCUUAAAGCUCACAAAGCCGCAGGUUGUUUAGCUUCUAUUGCUCCUGCAUUGUUCACACUUGCUUCAUCUGUUAAACGCCGUGUGUCUUCUGGAAGAACAGAUGAUGAUGAUGUUGUUGUUAGGGGAAGAGACAAGACAAGAUUGUAUUCAUUUAUCAAAAUGUUUCUUUUGGUUUGUGUUGUUUUGUUCUGUUUUGAGGCUUUUGCUUACUUUAAUAAAAGCUUGCAUUUUGAUGCUGCAAGUUUGGAGUUUGGAGUUAAGGGUUUGUUUGGUUGGGUUUAUUCUAAGUGGGUUUUGAUUCGUGUGGAGUUUCUUGCACCAAUGCUUCAGUUUCUUGCGAAUGUGUGUGUUUUGCUCUUCAUUGUUCAGAGUUUGGACAGGUUGGUUCUUUGUUUAGGUUGUUUUUGGAUUCGGUUUAAGAAGAUUAAACCUGUUUUCAACGUUGGUGAUGGUGAUAUUGAGAAUGGGGAAAAGGGUUUCUUUCCUAUGGUUUUGGUGCAGAUUCCUAUGUGCAAUGAGAGAGAGGUUUUUCAGCAAUCAAUUGGUGCGGUUUGUAAUUUGGAUUGGCCGAAAUCGAAGUUACUGAUUCAAGUUCUGGAUGAUUCCGAUGAUCCUACAACUUCUUCGAUGAUCAAUGAGGAGGUUCAAAAAUGGCAACAAGAGGGUGCCAACAUUGUUUACCGGCAUAGAGUGAUUAGAGAAGGUUACAAAGCGGGUAACAUGAAAUCUGCCAUGAAUUGUAGCUAUGUGAAAGACUAUGAAUUUGUUGCUAUUUUCGAUGCUGACUUUCAGCCUGCUCCCGACUUCCUUAAAAGAACAGUUCCUCAUUUUAAGGAUAAUGAAGAAAUAGGACUUGUUCAAGCAAGAUGGUCUUUCGUGAACAAAGACGAGAAUCUCUUAACAAGGUUGCAAAACAUUAAUUUGGCAUUCCAUUUUGAGGUUGAGCAACAAGUGAAUGGAAUUUUCUUUAAUUUCUUUGGUUUCAAUGGAACCGCUGGAGUGUGGAGAAUCAAGGCCUUGGAAGAUGCCGGUGGUUGGUUAGAAAGGACAACUGUCGAGGACAUGGAUAUCGCCGUUCGAGCUCAUCUUCAUGGAUGGAAGUUCAUCUUUCUCAAUGAUGUUGAGUGCCAAUGCGAGAUCCCCGAAUCUUAUGAAGCCUAUAGGAAACAACAACAUAGAUGGCACUCUGGACCAAUGCAAUUGUUUCGCCUAUGUUUGCCUGACAUUAUACAUUCUAAGAUAAGCACAUGGAAGAAAUUCAACUUGAUAUUCCUGUUCUUUCUUCUUAGGAAAUUGAUAUUACCCUUCUAUUCAUUUACACUCUUUUGUAUAAUUUUGCCAAUGACAAUAUUUGUACCCGAAGCCGAGCUUCCCGUUUGGAUUGUUUGUUAUAUCCCGGUCACCAUGUCAUUUCUCAACAUUCUUCCAGCUCCCAAAUCCUUUCCAUUCAUAGUUCCAUACCUUCUAUUCGAGAACACAAUGUCAGUUACCAAAUUCAAUGCCAUGAUCUCCGGUCUUUUCCAGCUCGGGAGUGCAUACGAAUGGGUUGUCACCAAGAAAUCGGGCCGUUCCUCAGAGGGCGAUCUUGUUUCUUUGAUUGAGAAAGGAGAAAAGCAUCUUCUAAGAAUGGGUUCGGUUCGUGAUCUUGAGGAAAUGAAAAAAGAAAUUCAACUACAAAAGGAGAAAAAUGACACAGCAUCGAAGAAAAAGAAGACGGCGAGGAAGCAUAAUAGAAUAUACACGAAGGAGCUUUCUUUGGCUUUUUUACUCUUAACAGCUUCAGCAAGAAGUCUCCUUUCAGCUCAAGGAAUUCACUUCUACUUCUUGCUAUUCCAAGGCAUAUCAUUCCUUUUAGUUGGUCUAGACUUGAUUGGUGAACAAGUUGAUUGA